AGAUGAGAAGAAAAUGAAAUGCACUUUGCCCGGCACUAAAUCACCUACUAACAGUGGGAAAGAGCAGCAUUGGAGCUGGUUUGAGAGCUCAACUGAAGAAAAAAGUGUGAAUGAUGCCGAUGGUUCUCCAAGAAAUGCUGACUCAUCAGAUCCAGUGCAGACUAUCACUGAUUCUAAUGCUUUAUCAAAAACAGUUUCUGAUGAUACCACACAAGACAAUACAGCACCAGCUCCUACUAUUGCUAAAGAUGGAGCCACAAGCACUGUUGGAGCAGAAGAAGGACAACCUUCAGCUCAAGUCAACCAGCCACCAACUACUGGAGGAGGCAAUACAGUUUUUAAUAUAUACAAUAUUAAUAGUCAAGUUCAAGGACAAGGUAAUAAUUGCACAGUUUCUGGUAGCACACAAACCAGUACUAACUUGUUUAAUAGCAUGAACACUGUUACAGUAGCAGGAAAAGAGGAAAAUGUAUCUGAUGAUGUCACUAAAGGUAUUAAAUUCCUGCUGAUGACUGCCACUGAUCCAGAGCUGAAAGAAGUAUUGGAGUACUUGAAGCCGUUAGAUGGUCAGAAUAAAGUUAUUAAGAAGUUAAAAGAAGGUGGUGUUGAUAUUUACAUUGGAAAGUAUGGGAAGCACCCAGUUGUUGUUGUACAGAGUGCACCUACAAAGGAAGAUCAAGGCUCCUUACCUGCUGAAGCAGUCACAAACAAGAUGAUGGAGAUAUUUAAGCCAAGAUAUAUUAUCGCCAUUGGAAUCUGCUUUAAAUUGCAUCAAAAAGUAAACCUUGGUGAUGUCAUUGUUUCUGACUGUAUCAUGAAUUUACAUAACAUUCGUAUGGAACCAGAUUGUAUCAACCCUCGUAUAAAAUAUCCAGUACAAGCGGGAGAUACUCUUGUACCAUUAUUUAGGAAAGCUGAUAAUUUUAAAAAGAUGAAAUCUUCUAAUAAAGUAAAUGCUGAAGAAGUCAAAGUUCAUUGUGGUCCCAUGGUUUCUGUUCCUGCUUUGGUUGAUGACCCAGAAUUUAAGGAGAAAAUAAAAAAAGCAUGUCCUGAUGCUCUUGCUGGUGAAAUGGAAGGAGCUGGAAUAUUUUAUGCUGCUAUAAAAGCUAAACAUAAAGUGGAAGCUAUUGUCAUUAAAGCUGUUGCUGAUUUGGCUGAUGGGAAGAAGAUUGAAUACAAAGCUUGGAAGCCUUUCGCAUGUCAGGCAGCUGCAGAAUAUGUUCUUCAUCAUUUGGAUGAUGAUCGUACAAUUGAUCUGUAGACUGUAGUGUGAACUAGAGUGAAACAAUUAAUGGUUUUAUUAGUUACUUUUAGUUUUUGUUGUGAAUUUAAUUUAUGCCUUUUUUGAAAAA